CAUUGUGCCUGUGUCGAGGCGUCGGGAGGGCCUAGGUCCGUUUUCGGUGCCCUUCGGCCGGCCUGAGCCCUAGUCAGCUCCCUUUUCUCUCCCGGCAUCCCCAGGCCGCUCCCGGGGCUCACGGAAUAGUGCAGAAAGAGUACUGAAUCCUCUAUCUGAAAAGGCUAGCCCAGACCCCAUUUGGAUCACACCAGCUCCCUGAGCCUGAACGAUGACUGCUGAGUCCAGGGAAGCCACAGGUCUGUCCCCCCAGGCCACACAGGAGAAGGAUGGCAUCGUCAUAGUGAAGGUAGAAGAGGAGGAUGAGGAAGACCACGUGUGGGGGCAGGAUUCCACCCUGCAGGAGACACCACCUCCCGACCCAGAGAUUUUCCGCCAGCGUUUUAGGCGCUUCUGUUACCAGAACACUUUUGGACCUCGAGAGGCACUGAGUCGACUAAAGGAACUUUGUCAUCAGUGGUUACGACCAGAGAUAAACACCAAGGAGCAGAUCCUUGAGCUGCUGGUGCUGGAGCAGUUCCUUUCCAUUCUGCCCAAAGAGCUCCAAGUCUGGCUACAAGAGUACCGGCCCGAUAGUGGAGAGGAAGCUGUGACCCUCCUAGAAGACUUGGAGCUUGAUCUGUCAGGACAACAGGUCCCCGGUCAAGUUCAUGGGCCUGAGAUGCUUGCCAGAGGCAUGGCACCUCUGGAUCCAGUUCAGGAGUCUUCAAGUUUUGACCUCCAUCAUGAGGCCACCCAGUCACACUUCAAGCAUUCAUCUCGGAAACCCCGCCUCUUGCAAUCCCGAGCUGUCCCUGCCACCCGUGUUCCUGCCCCCCCUGAGGGGAGUCCCAGAGACCAGGCAAUGGCAUCUGCCCUACUGACCACAGAUUCCCAGGCAAUGGUGAAGAUCGAGGACAUGGCUGUGUCCCUCAUCCUGGAGGAAUGGGGAUGUCAGAACCUGGCUCGGAGGAAUCUCAGUAGGGACAGUAGGCAGCAAGUGUUUUCUCAGGGUCGUGAAAACAGGAGUGAAAACAAGGAGUCAGCCUCAAAGGCUGAAGACACAGACGACUCGGCGUCCCAUGGGGUCGCCGGAAGAUUCCAGAAGGAUUUGGGAGAGAAACGUGAACAGCCGGGUAGAGUAGUAGUAAGGCAACAGAGAAACCCUGAAGAGAAAACUGGAAAAGACAAGAGAGAAUCAGCUACACCCAAGGAGAAAAAAACCACCAUAGGAGAGAGAGCUCCAAGGGAGAAGGGGAAAGGGCUGGGAAGAAGCUUCAGUCUGAGUUCAAACUUUAAUAAUACCCCUGAAGAGGUUCCAACAGGAGCAAAGUCUCACAGAUGUGAUGAAUGUGGUAAAUGCUUCACAAGAAGUUCAAGCCUUAUCCGCCAUAAAAUAAUCCACACUGGAGAAAAGCCCUAUGAAUGUAGUGAGUGUGGGAAAGCCUUCAGUCUCAACUCAAACCUUGUCCUGCAUCAGCGAAUCCACACAGGGGAGAAACCUCAUGAAUGUAAUGAGUGUGGCAAAGCCUUCAGUCAUAGCUCAAAUCUCAUUCUGCACCAGCGCAUCCACUCUGGAGAGAAGCCCUAUGAAUGUAACGAAUGCGGGAAGGCCUUCAGCCAGAGCUCAGACCUCACCAAGCAUCAGAGAAUACAUACAGGGGAGAAACCCUAUGAAUGUAGUGAAUGUGGGAAAGCUUUCAACCGAAACUCAUACCUUAUUUUGCAUCGGAGAAUUCACACUCGAGAAAAGCCUUACAAGUGCACUAAGUGUGGCAAGGCCUUCACCCGGAGCUCAACACUCACACUGCAUCACAGAAUCCACGCCAGAGAGCGAGCCUCAGAGUACAGCCCAGCCUCCCUGGAUGCAUUUGGAGCAUUCCUGAAGGGUUGUGUGUAAAACAGGAAUUUGUCAUCAAGCCAUUGCCCCUUUUAUUCCUAAAAUUAUUUCAGAGAUGUGUGCCCAUGAAGGGAGAAAAAAAAAAAAAGGCCUCAAUAGAUUUUUUUAAAAUCUCAAGGAUCCUUAAAAUUAUAUUGGCAGUGUUCUGCCUUUGGGCAUGUAAUUCUUCCACAUAGCCCUGCAGGAAAAAGCUGGUCAUGCAGAUAGUCCACUUGCUAUUCUACACAAGAUGAAAGCACACACAUAGUAAAAUAUCAAGCUUUUCAGUAAUGAGGAUACCUUUAAAGGCACUGCUGGACUCAGCAACCGCUGCAUGUAAAGAUCUAAGAUCGCUCUGUGAGUGUGACACUUGAAGUUAAGAAGCCAUGUGCUGCAAAAAAGCCCUGCUUGGCCAACAUCUUGUUUAUUUCUUGAAAAAGAGGGACAGUUAAAACUACAUUAGGAUGUGCUGCUCCAGCUACUUAUAGCAGUUACAUACAUGUGAUCACUGGUAGCCUACCAAAGCUAUAGAAAUCUAGGACUGUACUGACCAGUAGCAAACCAAAGAUUUCUAUCUCUUCCUAAAGAAAGGGUAUGUGCACCAGUCUACAGCUCCAAAGGACUUCAGCAAAUGUAGGUGGUUCUGUCCUCAUCACUGAGAUCAGUUCUGCUGAAAUAGCAAUGAGUCAAAAUACUUCCCCUUCCUGAAGUUCCUGAAGCACUCUAGCACUCCUAAAGGCAUCUCUCCACAAGCUAGCACUUGAUUGUAUACUGUCUUUUAAUCUUGUUUUGUCUGAGAUUUUUUUUUAAUCACCCCCCAAAAAAGAUGUUUCUAUUGUCAAGGGAUGUAGUUUUAUGUCCUAUAGCACAACACUGCACGUAAAUACAUUAGAGACACUCAUUAUGACUUACUUCUAAUAGAACUUUAAUAUUUAUGAGAAAGACUUGUGAAUCACAAGUUCCCAAAAUAUGGUAGCCCGGCCCAAGUCUGAAAGAGGAUCUUCAGAGCUAGUAACAGGAGGUAUACCAAACCUCUGGGGUUUGAGGGUAUUUGUGUCCUAAAUAUAAACAAAAGAAACUUCCAUAGGUUUUGCUCAACAUAAAUCAGGAAUAAAUACAACAGAAUGUCAGAAAUGACUGUUAUCAGCAUCUUAAAGAAGGCAUGAACACUGACUGAAGUCAUCCUUUGACAUCUCUCUAUGGCAGAGGUACUAGCCAGAAUUCACUCUAUUCAGCUGCUGAACAGUGAUGAUGUGGACACUUUCUGAAUCAUUUGUAACUUAGGUACUGGUAAUGUAGAUCAGAAUAGGUGAUUUGUAUUGCUUUUCAGAAAAAGGAACGUGAAACAUGUUUUCCACACUUUCCAGAAAUAUAAAAACAUUUGUCAUCAUUAGCUGGCAAUUACUACAGAUACGUUGUUGCUCCAAGAAGCUCAUCAGUGUACUGAGAUGUGGUUGAUUGUAUCAGGGUAACAGUGCACAGUGCUUUUAUGUUUCUCACUGCUCAAGACCAAGGUGAGGUUCUAGAACUCUAAUCUCUCCCAUCAUCUGUGCAGGAGGAUACAGAUGGCUCCGCAGAAGUUGAUGACUGUGUCACACACAUGGGAGAUGACCAAGUGUUGCUCGUUCUGUAGGUAUCAAGGGUCUGGGGUGGAGAUGGCUGUGUGCAUGAGAGCAUUCAAAUGGCUGUUUUCCACCCUACAAAAAUCUAAAGUCUAAAGCAAACCUGAACACCAGCAGUGUAAUCACCGUGUAAUAAAACCCAUGUACAACUUGAGAUUUUUCUCUGAAGAAACAACUAAAACCAUCAUCAGUCAUUCUGACCAGCAGGUUAAGUCCAUGAGACGUCAUGGCUGAAAAAAGGAGGGAGGGACUCAUACGGCCUCAGCUCCAGACCAAACUAAACCUCUACACAGCAGUCAUUCUUUGGCUUCAUUGCAUGGACCAACCUUAACUUCCCCUAUGGCAUUUUCUUCAAUUUUUCCUGGGAAAGCCACAUAGCAGGUUAGGCAGCUGCCAGAAUACUUCUUACCAUCCAAUUUAAGAAAACUAGAAGAGAUGUUCCAGAAGAGUAGACCUCGUUUAUAAGGAAAUGGAGGUAGAAAUACUUUUAAGAAUUUUCCUUAAACAGUGAGCCACAGUGACAGUUGCUUAGAACAUCAGUGCUUUUGAGAAGAUCUUUGCCCACUAAAAAAAGACAUGAAGGUGAAGUACACAGCUCUGGGCACUUCUUUGUUCUUAAAAAGGAAAGGACUUCAGUCAGUUCCACAUUGGGUUUUUUUCUUUUUUUUUAAGCCACAACUGUUUGUUUUUAAAUUAAAUUUAAAUAUGGCUUGUGCCCUGGCAUUAAGUUCCCAUUUUAUUGGGAGAUCUGACUGACUUUGCUGGAUAGCCGCCAGGUUGCUUCAGAUCUUCAGCAGAUGCACUGCUGGAGCCAGCUAUUUGAAGAUGUGUUUUCUGAGGAAAACAGGCUACAACUGGUUAUUAAAACCAUUGAUGUAUCAGAUACUCAGUGCAAAGUGUCAUUGGACCACCGGCAACACUUAAUUAGUACUCAGGAUAGAUUCAAAAGUCAUGACUGGCUGAAGUCUGUUAACAAGUUUGUGUAUUCUCUAGUUAACCAUUAGCAUGCAAGUUGACCUAAUGGAACUUUUUGAAGAGUUUUUAAAAAUAAUCACCUUGCCAGGAAGAAAAGUAAAAUUCUUCAGGCAAUAAGGUAUUUGUUUCAAUUCUAGCCUGGCAGACAAGGCUAAACCUGAGACCAUAGAUGUAAGAGACAUGUUGGUGUGUAUGGCACUUAAUUCUAAAGGCAUAAAAGCGAAACUGCUAAAUGUGUAAUAAAGAUUGAUGUGUUUGAUAUGUGAGACAAUUCACAGCUUACAGACAUCAGAGAAUUUACUCCAGAUAGGAAUCUCUUGAAUGUGAUAAAUAUGGCAAAGCCUUUAAUCACAUCUCAGCCCUUAGCAUCAGAAAGCUUACACUGUAAAUAAAGCUUAUUAAUAUUAUAUGUGAAGAAAACUUUCAUGCAUAGAUACCACUCAUUGCUUUGGACAGAGAUGAAUUCCCUCAGUAUGUUCCAGUUGUUGGUUAAUUGCAGGAACGCUGCAGAGGGAUCUCAGUCUUAGCUCCAGAGAGUCAGAAGAAAACAAUGUGAGGAAAUGCUAAAGAAAUAGUAAAAAAUGUGCAACUUCAUACAAAAUUGUUAAUGUUGGGUACUUCCAUAUAUUUUAUAUGGCCAUAAUGGUGUGUUUUGUACCUUCAAAUCCCAUUUUUCUGUGUAUCCCCCCAAAACAAAUAAUGUAUUUUAUUUUAAUCUAUUUGACAGAACACAUCACUCCAAAAAGUGAAGUUUUGGAGUGAAUAAUGAAGAUAGUGAUAUGUUGACAAAAAGUUAAUUCACAGAACUGAGGAGAGGAAAAAAAUCAGAAGAAAGAAAAAACCUUCAUUGGUUGGUGCCUCUUGAAUUGAGAGAUCAAUAAAUUUGUGGAGAUACACAAGUUACUAGGGCACUGAAAUGGAACAACUCCUGUCAAUGGCAGGCGCUUCUUUUGAGCUUUUAAUCCCUGAAAGUUGUCCUCUAAGCUACCAGGUCCCCACUGUGAGCUAAAGGAAUUCAUGAAUUCUCUGAGCUUGCAGGGUAGGAGGGGCUCCAUGAAUUCAGAGUAGGAAGUGUCCUGGGAUGGCCAGAGGGACCACUUAACCUGGCCAGAUCCUGCAAACCAGUAGUCCUGUUCCCCCACUGACUCUGAAUCUUUAUGCUCUAAAACUUAAGGUAGGAAGACACCAAGGUAGACUUUCCCAGGAUACAGGGAUAGAUGCCUCCAGUGGACACUGCAAGAGAGUUGUCUGGCGAGGCUGGAGAAGCUUCUUGCAAGAAUGCUUGUGGCUCUGCUCCUGUGUACCUUCCCUGUACCUGCUUUCUUUCCUUAGGGUAUGAUUAUCAGAGUUUGUGAAGAGUCAUAGCCUUAGCUGUGAAAGAUUUUUUUUUCUUUAAUCCUGGGUCACCAUUGUUGAUCAGCUUAUCUGAAACCAACUCACCAGGUUCAACCUGCCAUUCUCAUGGGAGACCAAUGGUGCGAGCUAGAGUAGCAGUAUUGAGAUGUGAUCAGUGACAGUCAUACUUGCUGGUUUUGUGCACUCCUCUUUGCAAGUCUCAGAAAUGUUUGAGGACGCUGAGGUAUCUAUUAGGAAAAUCAAGGUCUACAGAGUAACUGGUCUACAGAAUAAGUGAAUAAAAUCAGAAAAGUAAAUUAAGUGGUAUAAAUAGAUCAUUUCAUAGAGAUUAGGGUAGAUUUUUAUUUCAGCUACUACUGGAGAAUUUAAUAAAAGCAUUAUUUGAAAAGUUUUCCUAAUGUAGAUUUAGGUUUCAUUUUAAGCAUACUACUGUACGUUUAAAAGCAGUUACUUAUUUUGCUAUCCAGAUUAAUUUUUUAUUAUAUCUGAAAAUUAUGUUUUACUUUUCAAAGGCUUUGUAAAACAAACUUGAAGUUAUAAGGAGGUAAGCCAUCUCCAAUUCUGCAGGUCAAACAAAAGUUGGGGAAAUACUUUUGACAUCCCCUAAACAGAACAUCCACACACAAGAAUUUAGUUUUGACUGUGUGGCUCUGUUUACUCGGGGACACCACCAAUCUCAUGUCUUUCUCUGUUCCCUUAAACAGUGGAAAGAAGAAAGGGCAUUAGCUGAUUUCUAAACCAGUCUCUUCUCAUUUUAACACUUUUUUUUUUAAUGUUAGAGAUUCUCAUGCCUUCAUUUACUUAAAAGAAUCAUGACUCGCUUCAAGUUACACAUCAGAAAAGCUAAUUGGUUUUAAAAUUUCUCCCUUCAGCAAACACCCAUUAAGCAGAGAGGCCCAGUGCUUGAAGAUACAAAGAAUGAGAUCUGCAUGAGUGAGUGAAGAGGCGUUACUGAAACUUGGGUUUUGUUCCAGUUUCAGAUUUGUAUUUUAAAUUCCUUUGGUCCAGGAAAAGGGCCAGGCAGCUGCAGUUACUUUGAGUCAGCGUCCUGUUGUCUCCUAUCAGGUGGAAGGAGAAAGGGGCAGAGUUGUCACACACACACACACACACACACACACACACAUACACACAUACACACAUACACACACCCAUACCCAUAUUGUUGCCUGAGGAAGCACAAGGCUAGAGUGAGGAAAAAAGUGACACUGGAGGAAGAGUUGGGUUAGUGCUCAUCUGCCUUCCUCUUCACCUCAGCCAAGUCACAGCAUUCAGCUGCUGCUUGACGUUAGCAAAGCAUGUUAGACUUAGAGAUGCUUCUGAUCAUAGCAGGAGUUACUUGGUCACAUACCUGGGGGCAGGGGGUGACAGAUUGUGAUUAUGCAGAAAAGUCAUGUCCAAAAAAUAAGAGUGGAGGGAUAAGGGUUGGUUUAUGCAAACAAAAGCAGUAACUAUUUUAAGAUAAGCAUAUGUAUUUUUAUUAAACUUUUAGUUAAAUAUAGAUUAUUGCAACCAGAUCAACAUGAUAAGCCUAAAUCUAUAUAGAGAGCUAACUCAGGCAUUGUCUUGUUCACUUUUUAGACAGCUAAAACAACCUGUCCUGUGCUGGGCAUGGUGGCACAUGCCUGUAAUCCCAGCACCUGGAAGGGUGAGGCAGAAGGAUCAUUGAGCGUUCAAGGACCCCUGGACUAGUGUGAGUUCCAGAGAGCCUGAACUGCAUAAUGAGACCCUGUCUCAAAAAAAAAAAAAA